GGGUAGCGCUGGGUCUGGCCGCGGCGAGGUGGUCACCGCGCUGUUCCGCGGCCCGCCGGCCUUCCGCCCCAGUGGACUGUCGGGGUCAGGGGUGUCUGGCUUCCUCUCCGCUUCGGUUCGCCUCGCUGGGGCCAGAAUGGCCGAGCCGGACACUGGGGACAGGGCCAGCUUGGGUCGCUCGCUCCGGACGCCUCGACGGGGCGGCGCUGCUCUGGUGCUCAGGCCCGGAAGGGGUGCCCCCCGCGGGGCUCCUGGUCGUGCUUUGCGACCCCUCGGCCCCACAACAGCCGUGUAAGGACUGUCGCCUGAAAAGAAUGAAUCGGUCCUUGGCCUUUGCCCUCAUCGUGGCAUGUCGGGCCACCGAUCCUUGUGAGGACCCGAAGCAGCUGUCACCCCAGAAACAACUGCAGACCCUUCGGACUCAGCACCCCACUCGGAGGGCGUCGUGCACUCGCCGAAGCCGGUGCCGGCAGCAGCUGUGACCUUCCCAGCAGCGCGCGUUCUUUUGCCGCUUCUGCCCCGGCCCCGUGGAUGCCCCGGCCCCGUGGAUCUCCCGGCCCCGCGGUAACAGCCCAGCCCUCCCUCCAGCCGCCGCCCGCGGCCCUGACAUGGACGCCUCCCUUCCAUUUCCUUCCUGCCCAUGGACUCCCGCGGCGCUGCUCCCGCUGCACCCUCUGCCUGGCACAGUCUGGCCCCGAUCUUUAAGGUUCUUGGCGCCUUACUCCAUCGGUUCUUGCUCAAAUGCCUUUGGUCAAGGAGGGCUUUCUAAAUUUCGUGCUGGAUUCCAUUACACUGCUCACUCUUCCCAGCGCCACCUGAAGUUCCCACGGGUUGCUUCGGUCUGCUGCUUCUUGGUGAGGGCUGUGACCUUGCCUGUCUCGCCUGUCACAUUCCUAGCGCUAAAAGAGAUGCUUUCGUGGUGACGGCGGCGGAGAGGACAGGAUGAGGCUAAGGCGUGUAGACGCGGUAGAAGUGAAGGCCUGUGGGACAGGUGACAGGCAGCGGAGGCAAAGAGGAGGGGCUGCAGCCUGGCUUUGCUCCCCUGGGCCUCGGGGCAGGUCACUGUGCGGGGCAGCGUUUCCCCACCUUCUCUCUGGCUUGCUGGGCGACGGAGAAAACCUGAGCCCUGAGUGGCAGGGACAGGAGAGAGUGGCCACAGGAACCGGCCCCGCUGUAUCUCCCGCUCCACCUGCCUUCACGCUCUUGCUGUGCCCACGAUGCUUCUCUAAAGCCGUCUGACCCCCAGGAAACCCAGGCCACUUCGGGCAGCUGCAAAGGGUGAUUCUGUGGUGGCCACCACCAUCUGCUGCUAGUGGGUGAUCGAUCAUCUGAGCCACCCAACAUAGGGCCUGCCACCAACAGACCAGACUCUUUUUUUGGAAAUGGCUUAAGAGUCUUGAAUGUCACAUUUGGUACUUAGAAGGAAUUUAUCCCGAAGCGAAACUAGUUCUGUGCCAUUUUCACUGAAGCUCAUAAGGUACUUGAGUUUCCUGGGAAAUGCUGACAAUGCUCAUGGCACCUCAGUUGUAAAGUGGCUGCAAGUUCUUCUAAGGAAAAUGUUGACCCAAGAGCCUUCCGAUGACAGCAGAAGGCAGGCGAGGGCUGGCACAGCAGGUGUGCUCAGUCUCUCCUCUGGGAGGAGCCGGAAAAGAAUAGAUACAAACGCCAAGGCCACCAGGGACUUAGCUGCUGAGUGUGGGUGACUGCUGCUCCUGGGGUCAGGGAGGUGGCGGCCGGCGGUGGGGCAUGGCCUGCUCACAAGGCUCUUUCCAGGUGCUGCCAUGUCCCACGGGCUGGUCCUGUACUGCCUGGCUGGGCUGCUGCUCAGCUGCCUGCUCUUCCAGAGGACGGAGGCCAAACUGGCAGGGGGCCCCAUGGCCCGUCAGCCCUUCUGGGCACCCCCAGGGCCCCGCCGCAACCAGUGUCCACCCAACCACGUAGUGGCUAAUGCUUCCCUGUCCCUGCCUAGCCGUCACCGCCUCUUCCUGACCUAUCGCCACUGCCGCAACUUCCCCAUCUUGCUAGAGCCGUCAGGCUGUGCCGGGGACAUCUUCCUGCUCCUGGCCAUCAAGUCGCAGCCUGGCCACAUGAAGCAGCGUGCAGCCAUCCGCAGCACAUGGGGCCGGGCUAGGGGCCAGGCUAGUGGCCGGCAGCUGAAGCUGGUGUUUCUCCUAGGGGUGGCAAGGCCUGCAACCCCCACCCAGCUGCUGGCCUAUGAGAGUCAAGAGUUUGAUGACAUCCUACAGUGGGACUUCGCUGAGGACUUCUUCAAUCUGACGCUCAAGGAGCUGCACCUGCAGCGCUGGGUGGCAGCUGCCUGUCCCCAGGCCCGCUUCAUGCUAAAAGGAGAUGACGAUGUCUUUGUCCAUGUCUCCAAUGUGCUGGCGUUCCUGGAAGACCUGGACCCAGCGCAGGACCUCCUGGUGGGAGACGUCAUCCGCCAGGCUCUGCCUAACAGGAACACCAAGGUCAAAUACUUCAUCCCCCUCUCCAUGUACAGGGCCCGCCACUACCCGCCCUAUGUUGGGGGUGGGGGGUAUGUCGUGUCUAGAGCCGCCAUGCAGCACCUCCGGGCAGUCAUGGAAGAGGCCGAGCUCUUCCCCAUUGAUGACGUCUUCGUGGGUAUGUGCCUGAGGAAGCUGGGGCUGAGUCCCACGCACCAUGCUGGCUUGAAGACAUUGGGAAUACAGCGGCCCUUACACCACCUGGACCCGUCUCUUCAGAGGGCUCCUCCUGGUGCACCACCUCAGUCCCCUGGAGAUGUGGACCAUGUGGGCACUGGCAACAGAUGAGGGGCUCAAGUGUGCAGCUGUCCCCUUGUCUCAGCUCCGGCAGGGUGCUGGGCGGGUGGGCUAAGUGCAACCUUUCCUGACUUUAUGAGAAACGGAGGACCUUGAAACUCAACCCAUGGUGGAAAUGCUGGCUGGGUUUUUGUAGCCCCCUCCCAAACUUUUCUAACUUUGAUUAAAAACACUGAAACCUG